GACCCUUCUAUCACCUUCUAUUUGAUUUGAGGCCAAAAAUUGAUGACAAUAAAAAUUGUUAUCUUCCCUUUUGUGCGCUUCAUUUUAAUUUGUUGAUAAAAGCUUAUUGUUAAUUACAUUAUGGAAUCCGAAUCAGAAGUUAUAAAGGAGAAAAUUCACACGGAGCCUGUACUUAAUGAUCCACGAUACAUAACCUUGUUGAGUGUGAUCGUUCUCGUUUUUACCCUAGUGUUUUGGUGGUGUUUUUCGCGUCGUCGUCAUCUUAGAAGAUCAGUUUUAGUCACAGGGCUCUCAGAUGCUGGCAAAACUUUACUUUUUGUUCGCCUAACAUACUCUCAAUUCAGACAAACAUUCACUUCUAUGCGGGAAAAUAUCGAGGAGUAUAUUACAUCCAAUAACACAUUGAAAAUUGUUGAUUUGCCUGGCCAAGAAAGAUUGAGAAACAAAUUCUUUGAUCAAUAUAAAAGCAGCGCAAAAGGCAUUGUUUAUGUUGUGGACUCUGUCACCAUUCAAAAGGAAAUAAGGGAUGUUGCCGAAUAUCUGUACACAAUUCUGGCUGAUCCAGUUGUACAAAGCAACAGUCCUCCGCUGUUAAUCCUGUGCAACAAGCAAGACCAACCCAUGGCAAAAGGCAGCCAAGUCAUUAAGAACUUAUUGGAGAAAGAAAUCAACCUGGUUAGAGUGACCAAAUCAAGUCAACUAGAGUCAGUCGAUCCAUCACAGUCAAGCAGCGCAAGUUUCCUGGGCAAGAUGGGCAGAGACUUUGAAUUUUCUCACCUGAGCUGCCGUGUGGACAUAGCAGAGAGCUCGGCUAGCACAGGAGAUGAUGAAAACCCCACAGACAUGAAAGCUCUGGAAGAGUGGAUCUCAAAAUUGUAAUACUUAUUCUCGUAUAAUUACUCUAAAGAGGUUUUAUGAGACUCAAAACAAAUAUUCUGCAUUUAUUUUGUGAAGCUUUUUUAUAAUAAAAUCUAAUAAAAAGAGGUUUU